AUUGUGAAGCUGAUCAAAUCGUCUCCAGAACACCCCAUCACGCUAGCCAUUGGAGACGGGGCUAAUGAUGUUAGCAUGAUCCUGGAGGCUCACGUGGGCAUCGGCAUCAUGGGUAAAGAGGGUCGCCAGGCAGCRCGGAACAGCGACUACGCCAUCCCGAAGUUCAAACACCUGAAGAAGAUGCUGCUGGUUCACGGACACUACUACUACGUCCGCAUCUCAGAGCUUGUCCAGUACUUCUUCUACAAAAAUGUCGCCUUCAUCUUCCCUCAGUUCCUCUACCAGUUCUUCUGUGGCUUCUCCCAACAGCCGCUGUAUGACACAGCCUAUCUGACACUGUACAAUAUCAGCUUUACCUCUCUACCCAUCCUGCUCUUCAGCCUCAUCGAGCAGCACAUCAACAUGGACAUCCUCAAGAAAGACCCCUCCCUCUACAGGUACACUACAUGA